AUGGAAACUUAUGAGGACGACGACAAUCUUAAUUACGAUGAUUUAAGUAGUGGCGGUAUCGGUGAAGUGAAAGGUUAUGGACCUUGCACUGAUGGACGCAAAGGUGACGAGGUCGGCUGGGAAACAGCUAAUUUUUUUAGGAGACCUUUUGGUGCUUCUAACAUCUGUAAACAUACACGAAAAGUUAACCUUAAAAAUUUCGCACAAUUGAAAAAGUUUAAAGAACUCUUAGAAAUGGGUGCUAUUCCUAGCUCCUCAAACGAUUUACCACAAAUAGUCAUACUCGAAGAGAAAACUUGCACUUUCAACCUUUUAAGAAAUAAGACACAAAGAUUUGCUGACAAAGCAAAAGAACUUAUAAAAAAAUGCGAACAAUGGCAAAAUAUUGAUGAAUGCGAAAAAGCACAAAAAAUCACUAAUGUUAUUGACGAAAAGAAAGAUGGUAAUACGAAUUAUGAUAACAAAACAACUUUAGAGGAAAAAGAAAAAAAACGGAUAGGCGUAACAAAGGUUCUAAGCAUGAAAUUACCUACUGAAAAAAGUGGGGAGAUUUCUGGUCAAGAAAGUGACCUAAUAGUCUUUUUAACUCCCCUUGCUACUACUAUUACUCGCCAAAACUUUGCAGAGUUACUGAAAGAAAACAAAAAGCCAAAUUUUUUUUAUUCUUCUCAUGCAAAAGAGGAAUUAAAAAUAUACGAAAGAUUGGUGGCAAAAGUUGAUAAUAAAAGCAAGUUUUUUUCUUCCAAGUUUAGAAAAGGUAUAGGAGAAUCAGGAACAUUAUCUCUUUACCUCUCUCUUCUCAGCACCCACUACCAAAAACCUAUUUCGCGGGAAGUAGCUGCUACUGGUUUUCUUAAUUUAGGAAAUUAUUUCCGUCCAGUGAGUGGAUUAGAGUACAAAAUACCAGCCGCUGUCCAAGCCGGAGUUAAAAAACUAAUUCUUGCCACUGAACAAAAAGCAGAUUAUGAAAAAAAUGUCCCACAAGAAAUUAGAGAUAAAUUAACCGUUUAUUAUGUGAAAAAUGUGGAGGAAUUAGAAAGAUUAUUUUGA